GGGACCGCCGGGGGCCGCCGCACCCCCGCCGGGCCCCGCGUCCCCCUCCCCGCCCCGGACAAGGCGUUUAACGUGCCCAGGCGUGAAGUAUGGCAUGCAAAGAUGGUUUCUGCCAAGGAGCCAGCCAUCGCCAUGUCCUCGGGUCUCUCCAUUGCCCUCCUGCACUGCCUGUGCCUGGCGACCUGUCUCACCGGGCCGCCAGGGCAGAUCAAAAAAGAGGAGAAAUUGUGGCCGGAGAAUUUCACCAGCAUCCUGAACAGCCUCCUGGAUGGCUAUGACAACCGGCUGCGACCGGGAUUUGGGGGUCCUGUUACUGAAGUCAAAACAGAUAUAUAUGUCACCAGUUUUGGACCUGUUUCUGAUGUAGAAAUGGAAUAUACAAUGGAUGUCUUCUUUCGUCAGACAUGGGUAGAUAAAAGAUUAAAAUAUGAUGGCCCUAUUGAAAUUUUAAGACUUAACAACUUGAUGGUUUCGAAGGUAUGGACUCCCGAUACUUUCUUCAGGAACGGGAAAAAGUCUGUUGCACAUAAUAUGACAGCCCCAAAUAAACUCUUCAGAAUAAUGAGAAAUGGCACCAUCCUGUACACAAUGAGGCUUACAAUAAGUGCAGAGUGUCCCAUGAGAUUAGUGGAUUUUCCCAUGGAUGGUCAUGCUUGUCCUCUCAAAUUUGGGAGUUAUGCUUAUCCAAAGAGUGAAAUGAUUUAUACCUGGACAAAAGGACCUGAGAAGUCAGUGGAAGUUCCUGAGGAGUCUUCCAGUUUAGUUCAGUAUGACCUGCUUGGGCAUACGGUAUCCUCUGAAACUAUUAAAUCUAUUACAGGUGAAUAUAUUGUUAUGACAGUUUAUUUCCAUCUCAGACGGAAAAUGGGUUAUUUUAUGAUUCAGACCUAUAUCCCAUGCAUUAUGACCGUGAUCCUCUCUCAAGUUUCCUUUUGGAUAAAUAAGGAAUCUGUUCCUGCUAGAACUGUAUUUGGAAUAACCACAGUGUUGACAAUGACGACACUGAGCAUCAGUGCAAGACAUUCUCUGCCAAAAGUAUCCUAUGCUACUGCCAUGGACUGGUUCAUAGCAGUUUGCUUUGCCUUUGUGUUCUCUGCUCUUAUUGAAUUUGCUGCUGUCAACUAUUUUACUAACAUUCAAAUGGAAAAAGCCAAAAGGAAGACGGUAAAGUCCCUUCUUGAAUUUCCAGUUGCUCCAGUCCAAAGGAAAAGAAGUACAGAAGAGACAUUCAUGAAUACAGAUGCCAAUUCAAAUGUGAGGAAAAGAACGAAUGCCACAGUUCAGUCUGAAGCUGAUGGUGGGAGCCGAAUUGACACAAGGCACAGCUCUGUCCAGCCUUCCUCUGUAGCUCAGGGGUCUUCUGACAUUACACCCCACUCCCUUGCGGCAUCAAGUCCCAACCCUUUCACACGAAUCAACGCAUCGGAGACAUUAUCUUCUGCAAGAGCUACCCCUCCAGCUCCUCCCUCUACCCCAAUUUUAACUGGAUUUGUAUCCCAGCAUGCCACAGCUGGAUCCCCUUCCAUUCAGCACUUGCUUGGAUCUAGACUGGAGCAGAUUCAGACCACCACACCUAAUACAUUAGGAGCAUCUGCAAAGCCAUCUGCUGUCACACCACCUCCUCCCCCCGCCUCCCACUCUGGCACGAGUAAGAUAGACAAAUAUGCACGCAUUUUAUUUCCUGUUACCUUCGGAGCAUUUAACAUGGUCUACUGGGUGGUGUAUCUAUCCAAGGAUACCAUGGAAAAAUCGGAAAGUCUAAUGUAGUUUUGCUGCUAUGUAGUAGUUCCUAAAUUAUACUCACAUUUGAUGCAGAGUUUCUUCUUUUGAAACUAUUAAAAAAGGUCAGUAAUUCUUAUUUAUAAAAGCUGUGUGCUACUCUCCCAUUCUAAAGGCUGGAGUUAUUGGGGAUAGUUAGUUAACUCUUAACAGAGUAGUGGGUAACAGUAAUGGGUCUUCCUCCCUUCAACUAGCAAUGAACCAACACUUGCUUGAGACAAACUGUUUUGGCUGCACAGAACUUGCAUUUGGGAGGAACAUGCACCUGGAAAAAAAUCAGAGGCAGAGGUGCACAGCUGUGCAGUGGAACACAUCUGACUGCUAGGAAUAUGCAUGUUGGCAAUUACAAAUGAGGCACCCAGCACUGCUAUCUGGACACAGCACUGCAUUCUCUGAGUGUGAGGUCUAUGUCUUGAAUAUUUUGACAGUGCUUGUUAGAAAAGGACUUUCCCUGCUAGAUUAAAAUUGACAGAAUGGGGGGAAGAAAACCAAUAGCGGCAAAAAGGAAGAGAGUCCGGCCUGGGAGAGUGCAACUCCAGGAAAGUUAUGCAAAGGAGUUGUAGAGCUCCGUAUAUUUUUACUAAGCAUUAUUUUGCAUUGUAACCUGGGAAAUUCUCACAACAAACUAAGAAUGAAUGAACCUUGUAAAAUCUGAAAUCUGAUGUAAUCCUCAAAAUUGGAUUUUCUUUUUGGGAAAGGUGACCUUAAGUGGGCGGUUCUUCUUUGACCUUGCUGACCAACUUUAGUGGAUUUAUUCCUAAAUUACAUCAAUUGUAGUAGAUGAGGACCAGACCACAAUGUUCAACUUUUCAUUUGAUUUCUUUACUUUUUCUUUGGAUGCUUUGGGGUUUGGGUUUUGGUUUGUUUUUGGGUUCUUUUCCCCAUAAUUUUCAGUUGCAGUCCUGAUUUCCUUUAAACACAUAUUCCAUUACCUGCCCCCCUCCCCGCCCCUCUUUAUGUAAUGUUUGUGUCAAGUUAAAUUUUCAACACAGUUUUAAAAGUGACUUCAAAAUUAGUCAAAAAAGCACCCCAUUUUGCGUAGAUGAGUGUGACAUGUCACUGAGUGAAUGAAAGACACCGUUUUUGAGAAGGACUGCUGUGAUACAAAUAAGAAGGUAAACUUUCUAGGUGGAUCCCAGGCUAAAAAAGUUAAUUUAUCAUCCAUUUGUUUAUUUUAAACUGUGGCAUAGAUAGAUGCUUUUCUUACCAAGUUGCAGUAUGCAAGCAGGCAACAUUAUUAAAGAAUUGAAUAGUUAAACCUGAUAGAAAUCCUGAUCAUAAAUGUUAUUUUCACUAGAAUGGGUAGAAAACAUAUUGCCAAUAAGUACAAGAAAUGUUUGCACAGGUCUGUCUGGCUUGGCAAAUGGUUAGUGUUUCUGUGCAGGUGAGAACUGAAAAUCAAAGGCCAACUUCUCAGCUAUGAUCUGGCUGUGCCUUUAAAAGAUCUGGACUAAUCUUUAGCUUCAUUUGAUGGAGUAGCAGGUUGGUAGCCUAUUGUCAAAGCCUUAUGCUGCAGGGCAGAUCAGGUGAGUGCUGAGUGGUUCUGUGCCCAGAUAAUGACCGAGGGACUUACGGAGACAACAAGCUACUGGCAACAGAAGGCAUUCGUAAGACUGCCGUAGACUAUGCUGGGACAAGAGUCAGGGUAAAAAGACCCCAAAAUGGUGAAACUAUGACCGUGCCUCUGUCUCUCCAAGCCUUUUAGCCAGCUCAUGGCUGAGAUUCUGACCUUUAACCUAUAGAACGUGGGAGAUACCUGGGAAGAGAUACUACAGUGUGCAAUAUGGAUCCCAGAUGGUUCUUUCAUGUGUAAUAAUGAACUGUAGAUGAUAGAUUGUAGUGAGAAUGUCUUACAUAACUUUAUUAUAAUGGAGUGAUAUAAACAGUUACCUUAGUCUUUCUUUUACUUUAGGGAUGCUCUCAAAAGACCAGGAAUGGUUCUUUCUUUUUUCAUCUUUUACAUCUAGAAGAUGCCUGAGAUUACAGCACUUGUUAGAAAAACAUUAUGUGGCUAACACAGAACUGGAAAUGGGGCACCUGUGCAAGAUGUCUAACUGCAGUAGUUUGUAUCUUUGGAUGUCCUGCUAGUUGCUGUAGCCAUUUCCUCUCUAAUUAGGUCACGUUGUUACAAAUUGUUAAAAUAGAAGAUAGUAUGCAAGAGAUUAUUUAUUUGGAUUAGCCAGAAUAAACAAAGCUAAACCACUAGCAAUUAUUGAUUAUAAUUGUGCAAAUGAUAAAAUACUUCUAGCAUGAAGAACGGUGACCUGCUGUGUGGAGAACUCAGUAUUUGCACCAGAAAUUACUGAAAUUACUCUUUGCUUUCCUCUGUGAUGAAAACCAAGGAUGUUUUCUCACAGGCAGAGCUUUAAACAAUUAAUUAGAAACAGUUGUCUAUUCCUUCCACCCAUGCCUGUAUACUGAUUUUAUAAUCAGCUUUUCCUAGUGCAUUGUUCAGUGGGAUCAACACUAGUUCAGCCUAACAUUGACCUAAUGUGCUGCUUGAAUUCACUUGUAGUUUCUGUUUAAUUUUAAAGACUUAUAAGGAGGAAAAAGGAUUGCUAAAAUAAUAAAUUCCAAAUAUUUAUUUCUAUGCUUCCCUUUUGGGAGAAAAUUUUAAUGAUACCACAGAAAAAGUUACCUAUUUUAAAUCUGCCAGUGUAUUUCUGAAGUACCUUCCAACACUUCCAUGCCUAAUUCAAAAUGAAGUACAUUAAAAAAAAAAUCAUUACGAGUCUAAGACUAAUUUAUUGAACUUUACUACAUUUUUAUAUUGAAGCAUAUGAAGAAAUUGCUAUAAUUAACUUUCCAAAGUACAUGUGGACAAUGUAAAUAGGAGUUUAUUGUUAACAGUUGUUCUUCAUUAUUUUUAAUCUCCCUACCUGAUCAGAAACAGUAAAACAACAAAGAGCCUGCAAUAUACUCAAGUGACACCAUAACUUGAAAGCACAAAAAGAGGAAUAUGCUAAAUAUAGCAGCCCAAAUGUUCAAAACUGCUAACUAAAAUCCUAAGGGAGAACAUUGCAGUUGUCAUUUCAGUGACCAAAUAGCUUAUUAGACAUGAGCUUCGGUGAGGUGAACUCUAUGGGAGCUAUAUUUUUAGUUUUUGUUCUUUUUUUUUUCUAUUGGAUUUGUUGAACAAUCUUUUUUUGACAGUAUUAUAGUGGUUUGAAACUAAUCAAACACUUCAAGUAUUUCACAUCUUACAAGGAAAUAGAAGUAGUUCUCCACUGACAUUUCCUUAGAGACAUUAUUACCAGCAGGAAAACUCCCACAGAUUCCAGUGAUGCAGCCCUGACCACUAAUGCAGUCAUUUGAGAAAAACAGUUAAAAUUUGGUACAGGUAGACUGCCUUCACAGGAACUGAAGUGUGGUUUGUAGUCAAUUGUGAGCCCCUAUACUGUUGGCUCCAUACCACUAUUAUAUAUUAUAUAUAGUGGUAUGUUAUACUAUACCACUAUCAACAGAUUUCACUGCAAUUGUGAAAAUAUUGAAGAUGAGAAAGGUGGCAAACGUAGAUCUCCAGCCCUUCAAGGUGACCUGAACUCUUAGAGCUCACCAGCUCUGGAAUUCUGGAAUUCCAGUACUGGCAUCUGUUUUUCUUCUAUUAAAAUGGAUUUGCCUCCAUCAAAUGGAUGCAGGUAGUGCAUUUCUUCUCCUGUGUGUCUUUGAAGGGGGAAAAAAGUAGACUUUUUAUGCUGUUUAGUUAUCCGCUCUACAUUACCCUUUGAUCAGGCAAGUAAACCAGAUGAUAAUUGAAUGAAAGAGGUAAAUAGUUUAAUAAGGAAUGUGAUUAGAGCUUUUCUGUUAAGAGGAGCUAAGUUUUAUUGAUUACAGGGUAUCCAAGUGUAGCCUUUGGCAUCUCAUCAUAUUCGUCAUUCAGAAUAGACCUUACAAAGAAAUGGAGAAACCAAGUAAAUGUAUUUAAUAUGAUUUAACCAGUAUUUCUACAAACAUUUGAAUUAAGUGAGCUUUUUGAUAUGCCCAGAAUUCCAUGUUCUUCCAUUGUAUUGUGUACAUCCUGUAUGUCAUUUGGCUUCAAUGUACCUUAAUGCUGUAGCUCACUGUCUGUAUGCCACAUGAGAAUGUAUAUGAGAAUGUCAGGGUAUGCAGUAUCUAUUUAUCCAAUUUAUCCAAAGCCUAACUUCUCAUAUUCCUUGUGCUGUUGGAAGUGUAGGGAAGGCCAGAAUGGAAGAAAUGACACACAGGCUUUGUAAGAGACACAUACUUGCCAUCUGGGACAUUUUCCCACACGUACUAAAUAUUUCUUAGGAGAACCUCUUUCAGUGUGCACACUAUGCAUCCAAAAUCCCAAAAACUGCCAAGAAGUCUGUUUGGAUAGCACAGUAGAUCAUGGACUUCGCACACUUUUUAAAACUUUUACUUGACUUAGAUGACUAAGGAGGAAAGAAAUUUUGGUGAGUUGUACCUUGUCUUCCUGGGACUUGCCAAUAGGGCUUGACGUCACUAAAAUAGAAAUGGUUUGUGUGGCUAGCAUAGUUACGAAUUGCAAUACAGACAGCUGACAAAAACUCACCCCUGGUUUUCUUUAAUCCUAGUAUUGAAUAAUAGAUCAGAAAUAAAGCAGCUGUAGUUGUGAGGAGCCUAGGUUUAGUAUAACAUCUGAUGAUGAUAUAGAUCAAGCUAAGGGUGAUCAAAGUUGCAGAAGUCUUACAGAGCUGCAGGGUUAUGCAGCAGGAAGUUGCAGCAGGUCAGUGCCAAGUGGGGAGAAAAGGAGGUGCUUCCCUUCAUGCUCUGACAGGAGUAAAGCAAUAAAGCAAAGCAGUACAGCUCCUCCAUUUAUAUUUGGUAGAAUAAAACUGCAUAAGAAAAUGUCAUACUCAAUAAAAAUCUGAGGGGCAAAUAGCAUUAUGGAGGUCAAUAUUAAACACGAAACACCAACCCCCAAAAAAGCAGGGGGAAAAAAUCCAGGAAAAAAAUUUAAGUUAAAUGACAGUAGCAUUUUUUUAAAGUUUGUUUUUUUUUUUCCCCAAGACCUUGUAUUUCUUUCACUGUGGGCUUCCAAGGUGAGUUUACAUUUUUUUAAGAAUUUACUGAUAUCCACUGACACCAAUAUGUGUUUUUCAUUUACUUCAGUGCAUUUUAAAUGGAAAGUUUAUUGGAAGGAAAAAUGCCAUUUUGAAAGAGUCUGAUAUGCGUUAAUUUGUAUAAUCUUCAUUUGUAGGCCUCUCCUCAGAGUCAAGAUGUAGCUAUUUUGGAGAAUGUGAGUGUGGUGAGAGUUUCAGACUCUGGAAGUUAAUUUUUGCCACAUCCCAGACAAGUGAGAGUAGUGCAAAGUACAGAGCACCCUGUAAAGAUCUCUCUUUGCUAAUGUUAUAUUCUGUGUUAACUGGAGGGAAUGAAAAAUGCAAUUAUUGUAAAAUUGAUGGAAUUUUUAAAACAUACUUUGUUUUCAUAUGAGUUAGAAAUGUGUAGGUAUUUAUUUUGGAAUUGAAUAGCAUUGUGUUCUAGUCCAUAACUUACUGCAUCUAAAAGUAUCUCUUAGACUUUCUUAUGCUUUUUGUAUUAUUCCAGUGGAAAGGAUUUCAAAGAAAACCACUUAAUAUCCAUUGCAGUUCACUAUAUUUUUUGGUCAUAAUUCUAUUUUCAUUUUCUUGUGCAAGAGGAAUUGAGAGCAUGAUGGCUUCUUCAAAAUAAAAAUAACAGCAGCAAAACAAAAGCCUUGGAGAUUCCCUUUUUUAGAAAACCUUACAAACCCACAUCAAUUUCUAAAUAUUUUUUUAAUAGCAUAAUUUUAGCAUUUAAAAAUACUAAUGCUGUGUGCAGCCUGAAUACAUAUAUACAUAUAUCCCUUGAAAUAAUUUUAUUUCCCUGAAUUUUAAGGAGGCAAACUCAAGAUGCACUUGCUAAUAGUUUUGUAUUGAAAGAGUGCCUUUCUGGAUGGAAAACACCAUGUGAGGUAGGUUUUUUUAAAAUUAUUAUCUUCAUAUAAUAUUUUCAAGAAAAAGAUCAGGAGGACGAGUGUGGUAUUACUGAAGUAAUGUUCAAAUAGCAUGAAGAUCUGGGUUAUUUCCUGCUGGUCAUCUUGCUGCUGUGUCAACAUUUGCAUAGUGUUUUUGUGAAUGCUGUAUCCAGGUUGCUGUUAACUAACAUAGCAAUCUAUGGAUGAUCUGAUGACAUAAAGAAACACUAAAGGAAAUCAUUGUUUGUGGAUAUGUUUUCAUCCUUGAAAAAAACAACUGGAAUUCAGUAGAAGAAGCAGCUGACAGUGUGAAGCACUCAGCUGUACUUCUGAGCUCAAUACAUUGAAAAAUUUAGUUGAGUACUGCUUUGUCUUGCAUCAUCAUCAUCAUGCUGAUGGCUCAUCUCCAUGGUAAGUAAAACUCCUAUGAGGAUGGAGGAUUCAGAAGUAAAGAUUGUCUUCAAGUAUUUCUUCAAAGUUAUUUUGAAAUAUGAGAUAGCUAACCUCAUUACUAACAGUAAUGUCACAGUAUGCUUUAUAUUUGCAAGCUUGAAAAUCUUCUUUUCUGUUAGGAUGUACCAGGUUGUCAAAUGAACUUUUCAUUAAUAGAUGAUUCUGUAUGUACAUGUAUUUAAUUUUUUAAUAAUUUGUGGCAACAUUCUCUGUCACCAGAUGAGUGGUGGAGAUUUGAGCUAUUUCAGAUAACCAGAGUUCUUGAGCAAUUCCUUUAAAAUAUUUGUUUCAUAGAUGCAAGCCUUUGCAAAUCAAUACAAGCAGUGCUGUUGUGGUGAAAAAUCCUGGCCUUGAAUACUCAACCCAUAUUUGAAGGGCUGUUGAAGCACAUUGGGUAAGGCAGGACUCAGGGCAUGUUUAUUCUAAGGCUUCUGAAUUGGAACUGGUUUAUGUCCUGCCGUCUUCUGAAGCAGUCUGCACCAGAGAGACUACAAACAGAAUCCAUGGGUUUUUUGCAACCUUUUUUUAAGACUCCACCAUAAAACUAUAUUACUGCUGAAUGUAGCACUCUCACCUUCUUCUUUAUUGCCUUGCAUUGUGUGUGGGGAAGUAUUUCUGUGCUUGUGGUGGAACAGGCUGAAAUAACUUACCUAGCUAAACCCCCAAUUUUCUUGUUUCCUUUUGGCUGGCUGGUAGUAGUGGGAUCUGUUUGAUCUGGCUCCCAUCUUGGUACAAAGGAGGGUGUGAGGGGCCUGGAACUGAUGCUUUGAGCUGGGUUAAUGCUGGUGUGAAAUAACAGUCUGAGGAUUCUCCUCUUACCUCCACUGCCAUUAAAACAGAGGCUCUCUCAGGCUUUCUCAAACCUCCAGUGCCCUCUGUGGUAAUUUAUCCUCCAAAAAGGAUAUUUUGUGAAUUAUAUCAAUGACAAAUCAUGGACUAAAAAAAACCAACCGAACAAACAAACAAACAAAAAAACAAACAAAAAAAAAAUGCAAAAAAAGAGGCCAGAAUUUUUGAAAGCGCCAAAAUCAAUCAAGUUAUUUGAAGAGAGAGAAAAGGAAGAGAAGGGAAGACAUGAGUAUGGAUGAAAAAUUUGGUUUCUUGCUACCAAGCAGUUAUUUUAAGAUAUGUCUUAUUAGAGGUACUAGAACUGCAUCUGGCAGGAAACAGCCUAGAAAUAAUUAUUUCUUCAUUAUAAGUAUAAUGAGAAAGUAAUAAAGAAAAGUGUCUAAUGUCCUAUUAUAAACAUUUGUGUUCCAUUUAAGCAGUUCUUGAAAAUGGUAUUUUCAUUGUCAGACAGGAAGAAUUAGGAGACAGAACAGGAAGGUAAAAAGAAUGAGUUUUAUUAAGUAUUACUGUUUCCCUUUGUUUUAGAACAUUUCUCAACCAAAAAUGUAAACAGUAACAUUGAAAAAAAAUCUUUCUGGGGCUCUAUAUAUUUAAUUUUCAGUAAUGAAGCACUUUGGAAUUCUAGCAUUUAACUUGCUUUAUGUUUAAGAGACUAAAUAGAGAGAAUGCUGUCUCUGAUUUAAUUCAGUUAUCAAAGGAGAUGUGGCUGAAGAAAACAGCUUUCAUUACAGUAAAAAAGAGUUUUUUAAAGUAUCAUGCUUUCCUACUAAAUCUGAAGACUUCAUUCUUGUACCUGAGUCCAUGGGGGUUGUUUAGUGCUGAGCAUUGUUGAUAAUCCAGUCAGUGCUACAGCUUGUGGGUUGCACCUGAUAUAAAGUUGCCAUGGCUGAAAAUGUACAUCCAUAACUUGGCACUUGCAGAGCACAGAUCCCACAAAAAGCAAAGGUGUGUGUGUGUAGCCCACUGUGGGUGCAUGAGAGCUGUUAUGUUGCUCAUGUGGGAGAAGAUGGGAGUCUGUGGUCAGAAACAGAGGGUGAGGAGAAUGUGACUGCCUCUUUCAGAGGCUGAGCAGAGUUUAUAUUGGAUUAAGCCACUUAUGAAAAUGCCUCCUAAACUCUUUUCCAAAUAGGCAGCUUAGGAGCAAGCUGAGUGCAAUGUGGAAUUCGACUCCAACUGCAAAUCCUGCAUGAGGAUCAGCACAGUUAAUCUCCCAUAAGGUUUCUGAUGCUUCGGCUAGAAGACUGAAAGGAUGUGAGGUAGCUCCUGGUGCCAGCUGGAAUGCCUUCCUAUUGCUGUGCAUCCAAGUUAUCCUGUAGUGCAACAGGGUCUUUGGAGUAAUGGGGGUGGGAUGGAAAACACUUUUUUGGAGUACAAAAUAGGACAGAGUGAAAACUUCCCUCAGAUUAGCACUGCUCAUAUGCACUGAAACAGCACAUAACAUCCCAGAGGAGCACUAAGCAAUAUUGUCUUCUCCUUGCCUACCUGAUGAAUGUUUUGGAAUGAAGAGUGGUGGGAAUGACAAAUAUAGGUCUGGUAAUGAAAUAGAAGAUGGUUAGUGCUGCUGCCUGGUAAGUACCCACAGUCUCCUGCCAGCAGCUUGUGGGCCUUCCAGAGACAGAAAUUCAUUGCUGACUUUUUUGUAGGUAUAAUUUUUAUGCCCCUGCCAUCUCUCCUGUAACUUAAACAUUGGGAAAAUGAGGUUUCUCUUUGGUGCUCUAUUUUGUUGCAUGGUUAUGCAAAUUUCUCCAUUUUGUUGCAUAAUUAUGAAGAAGAAAAUCAAACUGAAUACUUCUCAUUUUUUAAACUUUUUUCUUUUUUUAAAAGGAGGUUUCUUCACCUGCACACAUGGAAAUCAUAAUCUCCAUUGCAAACUUCAGGAAGGUAGGAGAUGCUUCUAUGCAAACUUCUGUCUAUGAUUAUCUCACAGAGGUAGCUUCUGUUUUCAAAUAAAAUUUCUAAUUUGGAGAAUACUUAGUUAAAACUUCUAAAAGUUUAGAUGCAAAAAUAUUUUCCCUGUACAGAAAAUGUGAAUUAUAUUUGUAGACAUUUCACUUAGGAAAGGUAAGGCAAAAUGUAUGUGGGUUUUAUGUUAAGCUAAACCAGAUGCUUCUCUGUGAGAUAUUCAGUAACCAUUUCAUAAAUAAAUGGACUAUAAUUUUUCUCCUUUGGAGAAUGUGGAGAAUAUAUAAACAGAAGGUAGGAAAUUUCUGUGGAGAGGUUAUAAAAUGCUGCUUCUCACUUCCUCUCUGACUAUCAUAUGCAUAAAUAUAGUGAAAUCAGAUAAAAGAUAUGUGAGUGGAAAAAAGACAGUCUCUUUGGUCUUCACAUUCUCAGUUAUCUUACUAAGUAUGCAAUUAACCAGCUUUCCUGUACACUUCCAAGUUUUCUUUCUGCUUUGCCAUGGGUGAACUGUGGAAGACCUAGGAAUUUUUAGGUUCAGUUCAUCAGUCCAGUUAGGAGGGCAUUCAGUGCUGGCCUUGCUGAGUUAGUUUUGUAAGUGAUGGAGCAAUCUGUUCAGCAGGAGAAGGUAUCUCAGUUCUGGAUAAGAACAGCUGAGGCUGAGGUAAGAUAUAAGAGUUGAAUUAGGCUUAGGGGCUGUUCAUUAGCUGUUUUAAACUUUCCAAAUGGACAAUUUAAACCCGCUCUUUGGCAUGUUCUGCUACUUUUGCACUGUUUUGAUUUGUACAAGUUCUGUCCCUCACUUUGCUCCGUAGCCUUGUGGCUGAGGUGAGGAGCAGCAGUUUCUGGGAUGGUGUGGGAUUCCCCUGCCUUGCCUUUAGCCACAGGCUCUCUAUGCAUCACAUCUCCAUCACCAGGUGGACAGCAGAACCUGGGCAGGGAGAGGGUGUACAUCCAUGCCAGUGGCAGAUAAGCCCUGGCAGUUAAGCAGCAAGGCACAGUGUGAGUAGGGUUGAAGACCUAAACUAUGGUAUGUAAGGAUUUUUGGGUGGGCUUCAAGAUCCAGUGCUAGUGCAGUGGCAUAACCCAACUUUGACUGCUUGAAAUACAGGUCAGUUGUAGAAUAGACAAAUGAUUUUCGUGUUUCUAAAUUUUCUGGAUGACUGCUAGCACUGCCAGACCACUUGUGCUCUGUGCUGCAUCACCAGCAAGCAUACAGAGCAGAGACAGUAUGUUAAAAGUCUGCAGUAUUUACUUGUUGGUAGUAAGUAAAUAAGGCACCUAGAAGUUGCCUUGGGUACCUCUUUUUCCUCACCUUUACCUACCACCCUUGCACUCUGCCAGUCCUGCCAGUUCUGAUAUUCCAAACUGCUGGGGCACUUUAGUGAGCUGUUCAAAUCAGUCUAUCUAACAAAUGAUGAGGAACAUUCUCUCUCUCAUUCUUUCUACUCACAAAUUCACAGUUGAAAGCAGACUAGGAGAUAUUAACUUCUGUGCUAAUUUAAAGUUUAGGACCUGUACCAACUGAGGAACCAAAAAAAAAAAAAAAGAAAUUUGUAUGUAAUGGGCAGGAGCUGCUAAGCUGCUAUAUUUUGUGUCAUUUUAAAGCUGAAAAUUAAGAAAAGAGGAAAAUAAAAGAAGAUGGUAUUUACUGAUAAUUUUGUUUUACUGUAGGCUUUUUUUACCUCAGAAGCCCUGUCCAUUGCAACCAAAACAUCUGGGUUUAGGCUUAGACACUGCAAGGAAGACUUCCAGUGAAAAAGAUGAAGCUUUUGGAAGUACUUUUAUUUUUUUUUCUGUAGAAGUAGUGGCAUACAGAAAAUAUACACUUAAAGCAAGCAUAGUAAAUAUGCCUUUUUAACCACUCCCUAGAGGAAAGUCCUAUCUUUUCUAUCAAUAACUUACUACUUCUGCAAUAUGUGGUUAUCCUAGAUGCAUGUUGCAAGAGUUCCUGUGCCAUGACAAAUUCUGAUCUUUAUCCCUUUGUAUUGGCUCAUACAUGGGGAAAAACUGAAAGGAAAUCAAAGCAAGGGAAGCCUUCGGUUGAAUUAUUUUACACUAUUCUUGUGCACAUUUUAGUUGCAUGGAACAAUGUGGCUGGGAAGAUUUGAAGAAUAAGAGGUUAAUUAAAUUAUUUGAAUGAUAUGUUCAAUGCUGGUCACCUGACUAUACUAACAAACUUAAAAGGUGGUUUAAUAGCUGUCAACUUGUUUUGCUAUUGUGCAGCUUAACUGUUACCUUCCUGUAUUAUGAACAUCUAUGUAUUUGGAAAAUAAAUCCAUCUUGCAAGAAAGAUUGUGCAAAAAAUUGUUCCUAUUAUACUCCAGUGUAUAUUGCUGAUGUCAAAUAAAAUACAAUUGUGAGAGUUCUUAAA